AUGAAACACUCAUCCUCUAUGAUAUUGGGCUUUAGCCUGGGUUUUGCUGGCUUGUCGCUUGGCAAAACCUCAAAUCAAGCUCCUUUUGUGAACCUUAUGACUCCGACGCUACCGACCUACGCUUCCCAGACGGAGGAGCAGGCAGCCCGUGGUUCACUUGUUGGCCGCUUUCCUGGAUUUAAAGAACUCCUGCAACCUUCCAUUGAUCCAGGUCUGGCAAGUUAUCAGCCAGUUACGCAACCGCUACAGGGAAACUACACCCUCGCGAGCUCUGAUGUGCUGGCUGUUCUAUCCCAGCAGUGGAUUGAUGCUUUCAUGCUCAUGUACCCCAAUGUGACGAUGCAAAUCCCAGCCCCGCACGCUGGGUCAUUGGGAGCCCUGGAGCUUACUAAAGGAACUCUGGAUGGUGUUUUCGUUUCCCGGGAACUCAAGCCUAGCGAUAUUGAUGGCUUUUCUGCCAAAUUCGGUUAUCCUCCUACUUCUAUUCCUAUAUGUGGUGGGUCAUAUCGGCAGUUCGGCUUCUUAGACGCUAUGGCGUUUGUUGUGAACAAAGAAAAUCCAGUUGAGCACCUCACAUUUGAUCAGCUCGACUCUAUUUUCAGCACUACCCGUGCCCGCGGUGGCCCAAGCAUAACAACUUGGGGCCAGCUAGGUGUCGGUGGUGAGCUUGGUAAAAGCCCUAUCAAUAUCUACGGUAUUAAGCCUUGGAAUGGAUUUGAAGAGUUCAUCCGCCAGCGGGUGCUCAGUUACAAUGGGCGCUCCGGCAUCGCAGUAAACAACACUGCCAAAGACCCUCAUGUCACUUGGGAUGCUACAGUCUUCAACAUGUCACGUUACGUAGCCAACGAUCCCGCUGGCAUUGCGUAUACAGGGCUUGCUUACAUUGACCGUCCAGUCAAGGUACUGGGCACAACCAAUCCGACUACUGGCAAUCUUGUGACCCCUACCUAUGAAAACAUUGCUAUGGCAAGUUGGCCACUUGCGCGAAUUAUUUAUUUCAACCUGAACUCGCCUCCUCACAAAGGCAUGGACCCAGUGUUGCGAGAAUUGGUCAAAUUUGUUCUUUCCAAAGAAGGUCAACAGAUUCUUCUGGACCAAGGCGUUUUCCUCCCUUUCCGAGAGUUCCAGCAAAAGUCAAGCUUGAACCUUUUGUAA